GUAACCAUUGAGAUUAAAGGUUUCUCAAUAAUUGCAGCAUUUCUGAGAUUGUCUGUGAUCCGCACCAAAGACAUCGUAACAAGAUUUAAUUUGUUAGCAUUCAGUUUCGCGAUGACAGCGUUGGUAAGUGCGCAGAAAGAUGAACUAGUUCUUCUUUUUGUAAGCCAAGACGUUUUCAACGAAACUUUCUACAGAAAUCACGAGAGCUCCGCCUUGGUGCAGUUGAAGGCGCAAGGAUUCACCGAAGUCCAUGUGCGUUCCAUCGGUGAACAGGAUGAAAAACGCAUCUACAAUAGUGAGAGCCUUCAAGUUUCUAUUUGCCUUGGGGAAGACUAUAAGUUUCUUGACAGUGAAAGUUAUAAUUUUCAUUUUGCUGUCGAGUCGUAUGUCUGGUGGAACACGGGACACGUUAUUAAACUUUCUCUAGGAAACACCAGAGAUGUCAGAAUUCUUUGCGGAAAGAUCAGUAUAGAGGGACAAUACGGACAUAGAAGCCAGAAGCAUUUUUGCGAAACGGGUAAGUUAUUCACUAACAAUUCGUCUUAUAUAAUGAUUGCAACAACAAUGAUUUAGUGAUCAUUAGUAUUUACGUCAUAAUAAUGGCGGCGACGAUUUACAAAAUGAUCAUCUGUCCAUACCCAUGCCCCCCUCACCAUCAUUAUCAUCAUUAUCAAGUCUCCUUGGGCAAUGGCGCGCCGCACACGUUACUAUCCUAUAUGCCUGCUUUUAAUUCUUUCGAGAAGGCAAGACUAGUGUCCAUUUUGCGGGAGUCAACGUAAGUUAGCAUUUGUCUCCCACGUGAAGCUUAGCCUUGUUGUAAGCUCUAACAAGAACAACCCAUUCACUUGCAAGUCCUCUUGCCUAAUGCAGUGAUCAGCCAUUUGGAACCUGUGUGCUCUUUUUUGCGGAUAGCAAGGGGAUAUUUCCAUAGAGGUCAACGUUCCGAACGUGGGCCUUCCAUAAAACAUGCAUAUGACAAAGAUAAAGCGAGUUACAUAAGGACACCAACCCACGAAAACCCAUGGCCUCACCAGUACCUCAAACAUGCGCACAGCCAUAUCACCUGGGCAGUGUCAACCAUGGCCAGCUGUUUCUCCCUUAUAAGGGCACAUCAGCAUGACAUAGCCGUGCGGCAUGGCCGUGGGCUUGCGUGAGGUACUGGCCAGUCUGUUGGUGGUGUCCGUGUGUCACUUGCUUUACGUUUGUCUAACAUUCAUAUCCAUAUCAUGCAGGCAAAUUUUGAAUGAAUUUGUCCGGUUACUGAGGUCGAAUGCAUGAAUAAGCCAUCGACCCGAGAUUCAUUCUGUAACAAAAGACCUACUGAGACCCACCGCAAUAGUGUGAAUAGCCUGCUAGCAAGCUCUCGAGGGAGGACACGGUGGGUGGAAAGACAGGACGCCCUCCCCCCCUAACUCACCCACGGGAGCUUGUUAGCGGGCUUAAGAGGCAGACGUAUUGGGAAACCCAAAAAAGUAACAUCGCGGCCAAAAAUAAAAUCCUUUCAGUAAACAGGGCCUAUCUGGAGAAAUAUAUAGGAGGUUAAGGCCAGUUUGCAAACUCCAGGUAAUAAUUGCACAUGCUGUUUUAAUUUCUUACCCCUAGAAUUGAUAAAAUUUAUUGUUACAGAUCUGAAUGGAUAUGUGAUGGAAGUAAUGGGAGCAAAGGGUGAAAUUUGUAACUUCCGACCGAUUGCCCAGAAGUUAAUGAUGCCUACAGGGCGAGUUGAUCAAGUUCUGAAGUCCUGGAAGAACGAAGACCAACAGCUGGAGUUAAUGCUGCAGUACUGGAGGAAUGAAAACGAAGUUUUGGACGGUCACCAGGCUUUAAGAAAAGAUCUUGAAGGUCUACGGCACGGUUAGUUGACGUAAGCUUAGUUCCUUCUCUAUAUGCUUGUUAAUUGAUUGUUUAUGUCUUUCUCCUUUGCUUAACAGGAGAAUCAACAGGGGCACUCAACGUCAAUUUUUGCAAAAUAUGUGUUCAGAAGACGAUUUGAGAUCUAGAAUUUUCGGAACAUUUGUUGUAAAAUUUCUUGCUUGUCUGCCUCUCCUUGGAUUUUCGAACGUCUAAAACAUGGUAUAAUUGCCCAUUUUUAACGGAUUUCUACCCUAAAAAGGUUGCCCAGAAUUUUCGGGAGCCUUUUUUUUCUGGCUGAAAUUUUCGAAAGAUAAGUUUUGAUCCCUAUAACUUUCGGAUCACUAGACUUACAGCUAGGAAAUCCAAACAGAUGAAAAAUUUUAGGGGAUAAAAAUAUGCCUAUAUCUACCGUUUAAAUACUAAAAAACGUUUAACAAUGCUAUGUUUAAGUGGUUUUGAACUAUAUUCUCGUAGGGUGCCCCUGAAUCAAAUUUAAAUUCGAUAUAACAAGGAUAAGACAGAUAAGAGGAGGUGUCUUCGUCACUGCAGUUCCAUUUUUUACGAAAAAAUUAAGGGUAGUUAAAGUGCAUUGUUUGGAAGUAAUGGGUAUGAUUAUGAGAAAAUAACUAAGGCACCGUUUAUAUAAUAAGAAUAAGAAUAAGAAUAAGAAUAAAAAUAAGAAUAAGAAUAAGAAUGAGAAUGAGAAUGAGAAUAAGAAUGAGAAUGAGAAUAAGAAUAAGAAUAAGAAUAAGAUUGAGAAUGAGAAUAAGAAUGAGAAUGAGAAUAAAAAUAAGAAUAAGAAUAAGAAUAAGAAUGAGAAUGAGAAUGAGAAUGAGAAUGAGAAUAAGAAUAAGAAUAAGAAUAAGAAUAAGAAUAAGAAUGAGAAUGAGAAUAAGAAUAAGAAUAAGAAUAAGAAUAAAAAUAAGAAUAAGAAUAAGAAUGAGAAUGAGAAUAAGAAUAAGAAUAAGAAUGAGAAUAAGAAUAAGAAUGAGAAUGAGAAUAAGAAUAAAAAUAAGAAUAAGAAUAAGAAUGAGAAUGAGAAUAAGAAUAAGAAUAAGAAUAAGAAUGAGUAAGAAUAAGAAAAAGAAUAACUUAAUCACUUAUAUUGCGCAGGUAUUCAUAAAAAUGAUCAAAUGCGCCUUAAAAACUACAAACCUAUUUACAAUAAGCAAAACAAUAAAAAAAUAUACACUUCCGCCAUAAAAAUGUAAAAUAUCGAUAUGUAACAAUUAAAAUUCAUUCAAACCAUAAGCAAACUUAAAAAGAUACGUCUUAAGAUUGCUCUUAAAAGUAUGCAAGUUUGGAAUAUCGCGAAGCUCACGCGGAAGAGCAUUCCAUAACUUGGGCGCAGCCACCUGAAAGGACCUAUCGCCUAGUGUGACCUUAGUUCUAAAUGUUGACGAUGCUAUACAGAAACCUUGACCCAGAAAGAGGAGUCACCCUUCCAGACGGCUCAACGUCAGCGAGCGUUUUAUGAUGACAAAGUUGAUCCCUUUGCCCUAGCCAACUGCACUCGCGGAUGCUCUAAUUGUCUCGCUUUGACCGACAAGUUUAUCAAGUUUCAAGUUUAUUUAUUAUAUGUACAUGUAAAAGACUAUUACAUACAAUCUGACGGACCUGCAGGUAGCUAAAACUAAUCGAGGCCGGUCAGUCUCACAAGUUUUAAAAUAUUACUGAUGUCAAAAAAAGAGAUUAACAAAAUAACAGUUUUUAUAAAAAAAAGGAGAGAAAUGAAUAAGUAAUAUGGUUCCACAUUAAACCAAAAAAAGGAAAACUAAUCAAAGGACAAAAAAAUAAGAAACAAUUAUGAUGAUAGGUACUAGUUACAUAAUUAUAGAGAGAAGAGUUCUAAGUUAAUAUUUUUUAAGUCUGGCCAUGAUUUUGUCGCUAUCUAUAUAGACUCUAUAUACUUAGCUGUCUUCGGUUUUCAGUAUAUUUAAUAAAGCUCCUUUAAGUUUUUUUUUCUGAAGGACUUCCUUGAUAUGAGUUUAAAGCUAUUUGGCAUCUCAUUCCAUAUCUUUGCGCCAACACGAGAAAUGAAAUGUCACCGACAUGACUGAGUUGACCCUGCUGGGUGAGCCAAGUGUUUAUGGAGAAAAGUUUGCCGAGGAGGGUGACUCUAGUAUCGAAAAAGGGUCAAUCGGCUAGGUGUGUCACCCUUCUAGCCGAGUCAACGUUUUGUUUCCACGUUUUGUAGGGAAAUAUAGGCGAAGUUGGCUCGCUUAGGGUAACUCGGGUCGGUAAGUAACCCUUCCACCUGGGACAAGUUUUCUUUACAUAAACGGGGUCUAAAAAUGUAAUGUUCAACUUCUUCAUCAUGUGUACAUUGCACCAUAAAUGUUCACUUUUUCAUAAGGCGUUUGGACAUCAAAGACUUUUUAGGGAGAUGUUGGACGCUUCUUAAUGUGACACAGUCCGGGAUGGUUAUCAAAUUUGAUGACCACGUUACGUCACAGUGGAGUCUCAAAAAGAUAAAGUUAUCUCGACGUUUCACUGCACAAGAAUGUUUCCUGGCUGUUAAUGUCUGAAAUUUCACACAAUAACUUUUAUUUAAGGUACAUUUCACUUGCAAUUUCAUUAGUUUGCAGAGUCACGCAAAGAGGUCAGAUGCAUGUCAGACACUUAAGAGAACUUGCAGCCACGAUUUCUGGCUUAAAACACGAAAAUUCUGAUCUGGCGAAGAAUCUUAAGUGCAAAAUUCAAACCGUUUGCAAGUCGAUGUUUCGGGACUGCUGCAUUGAGUUGGAACAUCUCUCGGACAAGAUAAAAAGAGCGGCCUCUUCUACAAACCACGUUGAUUAUCUGGAAAUGCAUGGUGCCUUACCCAAAGAUGUUGCGCUAAUUUACCAACGAAUAUGCUCACCCACGACUGGAUCGCCUAAGUUCAUAAUUAAAAGUUUUGUUUUGGUAGUUCCGCAACUGAUUCAAACCGUGAAAGAUGUUUACGUUUAUAAAGAGAUCUUACAAGUUCAAAAUGGCCUGAGAGGCCUUCCGGAUAAAGUGUUGGAACAGUUUGUGUCAGAUGUUCGAGAUGCUGAGAGGAAUAACAAAGUUCGGCCGCUAGUAGGUCAGAUGUGCAAAGUUCUUGAAGAUUUGUGUCUUGAAAAUUGUGGAAAGAGGUCUACCGCUGAAAUUGAAAGGUGGGCCAAAGGCUUAGCUCUUCUUUCCAUGCUGGAAUUCCUCAAGACUUUCUUCCAGUACUGCCCCCAAGAUAUUAGGUUGCACACGAGAUUAGAACUGUUUUCAGGCAAUCUGAGAGACAUCAUGUUAGAAUUGAUGGAUGUUGAGGACGAGGCUCUCGUGCGAGAUCUUUCUGAUGGGGUUCUUAGCCUAAUUGCUACCGCUGAAAUUGAAGGGUGGGCCAAAGGCUUAGCUCUUCUUUCCAUGCUGGAAUUCCUCAAGCCUUUCUUCCAGUACUGCCCCCAAGAUAUUAGGUUGCACACGAGAUUAGAACUGUUUUCAGGCAAUCUGAGAGACAUCAUGUUAGAAUUGAUGGAUGUUGAGGACGAGGCUUUCGUGCGAGAUCUUUCUGAUGUGGUUCUUAGCCUAAUUGCCUUUGCUCAAUUUGACCCAUCGAAGCUGGUUAGGUUUGAACUCCUCGACAUAACAGGUGCGCUUCUGGACUGUAAAGCGAUUGAAAAUUUGAAGUACGACAGGCAUCACGACUCUUACUCUCAGCAUUUUUAUAUAAGGAACGAAUCGGAUGGCGAGCUACAGGUUCAUGCAGUUGCAUGUGUCCUCAUCGAUGGCCUUAUUUGCAAAAUUGGAGCCUUUCAGUCAGUGGUUUUGCUUCGUCCUUCUGGGGAACCUGUGUUUGACAAAUGCAUGACGCCUUUUUGUGGCGUCACCGUGGCAAAGCAGAAAGAUAAAGAUUCUGAAAAUUUUCGGAUGGUACUUUGUUCAACCCAAAAGGAGAAACUUUCUGACGCACUAGACGUACUAAGGGGAGAAUUGAGUGAAGACUUGAUAGAUUUCAAGAAGUCGGUAAUCACUCCUUGCCACCUUGCAAUGCGCUCUGUUCCUGGGAAGAAGGAUGCAGUUUUGAGUCUCCGCCUGGUGUACAAGUGGGGAUCCGAGGCAGUCUCUGUAGACAGCAGUGAUUUUUUACCUUUUGCAGAUUCCACCGCUGAUGGCGCCUGGAUACCAGAAGUACAACUUAAGGGUAAUAUAUAUAUUUUUUAUAUCUAA